AUGGCUGCGUCGGUCGCGUCGGGAGACGCUGAAGGAACAGGCAACGUGCCUGUUGCAGGAGGCGUAGUCGCCCAGCAAAGCAUGUGGGCAGGCGAUGUUGAAAUGGCUGCGGAUCAGCGCAACGAUGAAGUCGAACAGCUCAAGGGGGUUACCAGGGCAGCGGUGGAGGUAGCUGAGAAGCAGUUGGCCAAGCUCAAAGAAGCCUGUGCGAAGAGCGCCAAAGAACAGCGAGAAGCAGCUCGAAGAAAAAACAAAGGAAAUCGAAGUGCUCAAGAAGUCUUGAGAAAAGAAGGCGGCAGUGAAGCCAUACCAGAGUGGGCGAAGAAGGGCCGCGAAGAAUCCAGUCUUUGGAUGUCGGAGUCGGAUCAAUCCUCAGGGAGGACGCGGAGAGCCCACGGUACUGAUAAGGAUUACCCGUGGGAAAGCUUUGUGGAGUCCUUUUCCCUGAAGUACCCGAGACAUAGCUGGUCGGAUAAGGAGCUUAAGGCCUUGCUCAAGUCCAAGCUAGGUGGGAAAGCUAAAGCUCAGUAUGAAGCGCUGCCACGUGAGGUCAGGCAUGGUUCGGUUGAAGGGAUCAUGGAAGCGUUGGCUAGACUGAACAGAGAGGAAACCCAAACAAAAAAGGGUGAUUGCGCUGGGGAAGCUAAGGCGACUGAGGAAGCUCGAAACACAGACGGUCGCGGAAUAUCUGGUUUCGACUUAGAAAAUGUCGACCAAGUAGCCCGUGCUUUGAAGCAACAAGAAAACAUCAACAACAUCAUCAUUUAUCCAAACACAUACGAAUCCUUUUAUACCAAAUCCUGA